AUGGCGCGUCUUCGACCUGGGAAAGAAGUUGCUGGUGAGAAGACAAACAAGCCGAAAGACACACCUUUCAAACAGCAGCGUAUGAAGGCAUGGGAGCCAAUUCUUACGCCCAAAACGUCAAUUAGAAUCUUCCUUUUCAUUGGAAGUAUUUUUCUUGCCAUCGGAAUUUUCUGGCUUGUCGUGAACGACCAGGUCAGGGAAAUUCGCCUGGAUUAUACGAAAUGCCACGAAAUCGAAUCAUACGACGAGCUCGAGGUGAUGCCACCAGAUAAUGUGGAGAAGAAGCUCAAAGCAUCCUCCGCGGGACAGCUGGUGGACCAGUGGAAGCGGUCAAACAAAUCUCUGACCUUCGAUGGCGUCACAAAGAACUACACUCUUUGCAUCAUGGAGUUCUUCCUCCCUGAAGAGUUGCAACCACCUGUGCUGUAUUACUACCGUCUGACGAACUUUCAUCAGAACCAUCGCGAGUACAUCAACUCUCGUGACAAGAAACAGUUGAUGGGCGACAGUGUCAGCAUCAACAACAUCAAGUCGUCUGAUUGUGGGCCUCUAAAGACGCGCCAGUCAAUCGAUGGAUCGGAAGAGAUCAUAUAUCCCUGUGGAAUGAUUGCCAAUUCGUACUUCAACGACACUUUCCACGACCCGAUUCGCCUUCCCUCCUCGAGUGGCUCAAACCAAACGCAUACAUAUAACAUGUCCCGAAUUGGCAUCGCCAAAGACAUCGACAGGGCAAUCUAUCGACCGAGUAGCUACCAGAUACCUGCAGAAGCCGGCGAAAACGGCACCGUAAUUGUUCCUCCCCCUGGAUGGGUUGAGCGGUUUCCGAACGGGUACCAUGCUGGCAACAUGUUCAACCCGGCGGAGGAUGAAUCUUUCAUGGUUUGGAUGCGAACAUCGGCCGGGAACAGAUUUGCAAAACUUGCCAUGCGCAACAACGACGACGCCAUGGAAAGAGGAAUGUACCGUAUCGAAGUCAUAUCACAUUUCCCGAUCCACAAGAAUCAUGGAACAAAAUCUAUCAUCAUAUCCACAAAUUCAGCGGUCGGUAGACGGAACGAAUUUGUGGGAAGAGCUUAUACGGCUUUGGGCGCCUUUUCUUUAUUCGCCGCCUUCCUGUUUGCACUUACGUUAAGAUACCGGCCGAGAAAGCUUUCGGAACACGACUAUCUACACCGAAGUAACCUCUUGCUUCGAAAUCGUAGCGCAAGUCUUUGA